AAAGCAGUGUUUCUGACCUGCAUCGGGGAAGGCCGUCGUUCAGUAUGUGUAGUGCAACGUGUCUGGAAUGUUCCAUAAGUAAUUGGUGAAAAUGGUUCAGUCCUACGACAUUCGAAGCGUUGAAGCGCGGAAAAGUUCCGGGUUUGUGGACAGUUUCAAAUCGCUGUUCCGCAGAAACAUAAAACCGGAACCCGCAAAAGUGCGUUCCAAUCGAGGUGGGACAGCUCCCAUCGCGGAUCCAGAACCAAGUGAACCGUCGUCUUUGAUUAGUACCGUCGUCGAAGAGAACAACAAUGUCAACGCUAGAGGUGGUGGCAAUGUACCUGCGACGAUCGCGGAGGCGGCUGCCAUAUCAAUUCCGGCGGACACGAAUCGUUAUGAGAUUAGGAAACCGGUGAAAAGAAAAUCUUCAAAAGGAACAACCGGUAGCGGUAACAAUGGUAACAGUCAGAGUGGCAAAUUGGUACGAAGGAAGUCAUUUGGACGGCGAAUCAAUAACCUGUGGAGUAACUUUGGCCUGCUGAAGAGCUCGGAGAAGAUAGCCGAAUUCGCCAAUGGUUACGCCGCCUUUCAACAUGUUCGGGAAAAUUUAGAAGAUCUGAACGAGAAAUCGGAAGCCAACGAGACCGAUUUGGUAUUCCUGCAAGGCAUUUUACAAAACCCCGCCGUUACGCAAAUGAUAAAGAUCCAAGACAAACUCGAAGAGGUAGCACCACCGUUGGUACCGAUCCGGCUGAACAACGUCCCUCUGCUGCGAGAAUUCGUCGAUCGGUGCAGUCUGUCACGGAAUCCGCAUGCCCGUGAACUAGCGCGAAUAUUUCGCUAUCCGCACUUCCGGGCCUUGAUCGAGGCGCACGACGAGGUUGGCGAAGGCGUCGUAGAACGGUUGAAAAAUCCACCCAGUCCUUCCGCGAGCGGCGCAGCAUCGCCGACUUCACCCGGUGGUAGUUCGGAACUAGACGGCGGCGGAGGAGGAGGCGGAGGAGGAGGAGGUUCUUCACUGGCUACGGCAGCAACGGUAACGACGGCCGCCAGGGGAAUGCCCGGGGAAACGAUCAAGAUGGUGGGGAUUCGGAGGAAUCCGAACGAACCGCUGGGGCUGACGGUGGAAGUCGACGAGCACGAUCAGCUGGUGGUGGCCCGUAUCAUUGCCGGUGGAAUGAUCGAUCGGCAGGGGCUGCUCCAUCCCGGCGAUGUGAUACUGGAAGUGAACGGCGUGCAGGUGAACACACCGGAAGAGCUACAGACUGAAAUUUCCCGGGCCAAGGAGUCCGUCACGCUGAAGAUCGGUCCCAGCCUGGAGGAGGAGAUGAAAUCCGCUCGGAUCAUGAUGGGUGGUGGACAGGUAAAGAAAAAUAUAGAGACGGGCAAGAAGCUGACGUGCUACAUGCGUGCCUUGUUCGAUUACGACCCGGUGGAGGACAAUCUGCUGCCGUGUCAGGAGAUCGGCUUAGCAUUCCAGCGGAGUGACAUCCUGCAGAUCAUCAACGUGAAAGAUCCCAACUGGUGGCAGGCUCGGCACAUCGGAGAGGACAAUGCCAUCGGAUUGAUUCCGUCGCAGGAGCUGGAGGAACGCCGCCAGGCGUAUGUACCACCGGAGGCGGAUUAUGUUCACAAAAUUAGCAUAUGCGGUACCAGGAUUUCCAAGAAGAAACGCAAGACAAUGUACAAAACCAAGCAGAACAAUGAUUUCGACAAGGCUGAUUUGAUGCUGUACGAAGAGGUUACCAAGAUGCCCCCGUUCAAGCGGAAAACGUUGGUCCUGAUCGGAGUGUCCGGUGUCGGGCGGCGAACGCUGAAGAAUCGCUUGAUACAGAGCGAUCCGGACAAGUUUGGCUCGGUGUUGCCACACACAACUCGUCAACCGAGACCGCUGGAGGAAAGUGGCAAGGCCUAUUGGUUCACCGAUCGGGAAACCAUGGAGCAGGAAAUCAAGGAAAACAGCUUCCUAGAGUUUGGCGAGCACAAUGGAAAUCUGUACGGCACCCAUUUGGAUUCGGUUCGGGAUAUCAUUCGGCAAGGAAAAAUGUGCGUCCUGGAUUGCUCUCCGACGGCGUUGAAAACCCUUCACAAUAGUACCGAGUUCAUGCCAUAUGUGAUCUUCAUCGCAGCGCCGGGAAUGGAACAGCUGAAACAGCUGUACUCGGAGCGUAGAUCGGCUAGUGGAUCGGUGCGGAGUUUGGCGUUCGACAGACAGAGCUCCAUCCGGUUCAGUUCCCGCCGAGCCAAGACGCUCGAAUCAUUGGCAUCACUGUACGAGGAUGACGAUCUAAUUUCUGCCGUCGAGGAAAGUGCCCUACUGCAGCGCAAGUACGACAAGUACCUGGACAUGGUCAUCAUCAACGAGGACUUUGACGUCACAUUCCGGGCCGUGACGGACGCACUGGAAGCCCUCAGCCACGAACACCAGUGGGUACCGGUCAAUUGGAUCUACUAACUGCCGCAUGUAUGACUGCAAGUGCAACAAAAGAUGAUGUGUUCAAAUUUAUUGGGAAUUAUCGCAAAAAAUGAGCCAUAUACCGAUAUGCAUUCAGGAUCAUCCUCGGAUUAUUAGGGAUGAGUCACUUUAGUACCAUAGCUUUGUGUCUAGAAUCGUUCGAAUUCCAUAUCCUCCAAUUCAAUCAAUACGUUUGUCAUUUAAGCAUGAAUAAAAGCAUAAAUUUACGUGAAUUUAAGUCAAACACAGCAUGUGGAUGCCAAUAUCUGCUUCACAAAAACCCAAUGCAUCGUACUAUCGAUAAUCGUUUAAUCACACGUAUUCGAAGAAAAGAAGAAUCUCUAGCAUUUAAGUCGUAUUCGUAGGAUUUAUUGUGAAAGGGAAAUUGUUUCGUCCAUUAUUUUUAGUUUUCUAGUGACCAGAAGUAGUACAUAUGUAAAACAUAAAAAUGGGGCAAUAGCUCAUGCGAUUAGUAAGAUUGAGUUUAAAUUGUCAGUGUCUCGAAUCACCUGGAAGAAUUCCCCGAACGAGAAAUUGAUUAAAUUUUACUCUAGAUGAGUUUGUAUUUAGUUAGGCAGCAUGCUGAAACACCUCUGUUUUUAUCAAUCAUAUAAGUUAGCGUUAAGUUCGAUGAGAUGUUUAGAAAACUAUUUGUUGUAGAUUUUCAAUGAAUUUAUGUAGAAUAGUAUGCGAAAUAAAUAUCCGGUAACCUAA